CUCAAAACGCCCUAAAUUCUGUGCGCUUGAGAAAAUCUCGUAUUUUGCUUUGGUUCCAGACGCCCAGUGUCCCCCCUCUCAUUAAAUGUUCUCAUUGAUUCCCUUCAUUGGGAGUCUUGAGAUGUUUUUUUUGAUUCCAUGGGAUUUUUUGGCCGCAUUGUGUACUGACGUUUUGUCGGGACACCUCGCGGUACGCUUUUUUUUACUGCAUGGAGCCUGGGCCAGAUCAAUCAUGGACGCUCAUAGUACCCACUGGCUGGCAACGCACUCCUGUAAAAGGGAGGAGCUUGCGACUUUGAAUUCUGUCGCUCUUGGGCCUCCAUUAGGCUCCAACAUUUUUUAUUUUUAAGAUUUAGCGCGAAAAAGGAAAAAAGGAAGAAAAAAAGCGAAAGAGCGCCCAAUAGGCUUGAUCGGCUGAUUUCCUGAAAUUUCCAGGCCGUCUUUUUGGGUUCUGUUCUUUAUCUGUGGGCGUUUUUUCAACGGGAUACCGACCUCUGUCGCUU